AUGGACCCUUCGUUGAUCAGAAACACCAUCCCUUGCCCUCACACUACUAUCCCGGACCAAUACCACACAUGUGAGCACUCCCACCACUCGCCCUACAGUGCCACAGACUUGCCUCCCAUCCUGUUCGCCCUCGAGCAGAAAGAGAUCGGCUACCUGAGCGAAGUCGAAGACCUCAUUGAAAACGGCACCAAAGCCCUCGACUGGGAAGGUAAACCCAUCCGCGACUUCCCGUUCCUCCCCCGGUACAUCUCCAUCGACGUUCCGGGAUGGAUGCUCGAAUACUGGUCCCGAACUGACUCCCGACUCACAUACAAGGAUAUCAGAUCGCGUAUGACAGCCCCAAUCCUCAAGGAAAGAACUUCAGAGAACACCUUGAACAUGCGUAGAGAGCGCGAGGCCCGCGGCCCGCUAACGCUUUCCUGCUGGAGCAGGCGUCGCAACCCGCUCACCCGCAUGGAAGUCGGACGUGUCGAGCACCGCUCCGUCGACGAGAUCUUUUACAACACGACCAUGAAAGUCCUGCACAACUCUUUUGGUCGGCCCGUUGCUCUGCGUAAGCGCGGCCUUAUCCGUACCGAGAACGGCCUUGUCUACACGACUCGCAACCAGCCAACCUAUGCGCUCAACACGUUCUUGGAACCAGGUGAGACGUCCCAUACUCUCGGUGGUCGAUUGAAGCAGACUUUCAGCUUGUAUAACCAACUUGCAGCAAAGGCGCGAAGGUUGGAUUGUCGUUCCUGGCAGCUUUUGCCGUUGGAUGAAUUGCCGAAACAGUGGACUGAAUCGAAGGACCCGAAAGAGUCAAAGGAGGUGAAGUCUUUCGCAAAACAUACCUUUGCUUGGUAUAGGGAGGGCGGUCGAGCCGUUGAAGACAGCCCUGCAGCCGAAGCAGCCUUGGUGAGACAGAUUGAACUUGGCCAGAUCCAGGUCAACCAGGGUUAG